AUGGCAAAACAUCUAAAGUCCAUUGCCAGGACGGUGAUGGUACAGGAAGGGAAGGUGGUAGGUGCAUACAGGACUAAGACCCUAAACAGAAUCCUCACCCUGGAUGGGCUCAUUGAGGACAUUAAGCGUCAAUGGUACUAUGAGAAGCCAUGUAGCCGGCAACAGUGGGAAAGCUAUGAAACCCAUGGGUGGAUCUACAAGGUGGAAAUGGCUUGCAAGAUCAACUUCUUGUGA